AUGGGUAGCAGCAGAAGCAAUGUUGCAGUAAAGAUAGUGUUGGCAAUGUUGGUAAUUGCAAUGAUAAGUGGUGCUCAAGCAAAGCCUGUGUGUGGCGUAGACCAUUAUGAUCUGAUUGAGAGAUGCUAUCCGACGACAACCUUAACACCACCUCCUCCGCCAAGCCAACAAUGCUGUGAUAUUGUUAAACGUACCGAUUUGCUUUGCCUGUGCAAGUAUAGGUUUAUGCUCCCUACCUUUGGAAUAGACUAUGCUCGUGCCAUUGAAGUGCCUGGAAAAUGUGGCAUCCCCCAACCUAAAUUCUCCAUUUUCUUCAUGAAUCAGGAUGACGUACUAUAUAUGUAA